AUCAAAAUCAAACUUAUUCUUGAGACUGUGAACGGUUAAAUAAUAUGAUAUUUGAGCAUGUAUUUGUGAUUUGUUUAAAUAAAUUCAGCGUGCAUUCUACAAGGGUAAACAAAAGGAAACAGGAUGGGAUACCCAAACGUCAGUGAGCACGCACUACUUCGUCAAAAUCAAAAGGAAAUAUGGAAUCGUUUGCUCCCAGAGGCAAUUUGCUUAACAACUUUAGCUGUAGUCGGAGCUAUUGGAAACGUACUGGCAGCAGUGUUCUACAAAACGAGUUUCAAAAGAACAACGACCAUCACUUUGAUCAUAGCUUUGACUUUCAAUGAUUUUAUCAUCUGCCUCUUGACUAUCCCUAAUAUCGUAGAGAUGGAAUUAAAUGUUAAUAAUAGUUUCAGUUUGCUCUGUAAGAUAACGCAUUUCUUGAACCAGUGGCUGAUCGGGACGUCUUAUUCAUUGCUCUGCAUAAUUUCAAUAGACAGAUACCGAAGAAUAUGUAAACCGUUCGGAAAACAGAUAUCAACUCGUUCACUUAAGUACGUAAUACCCUGUAUAUUAUUUGUGAGUUUAUGCGUGGCGGUGAGGAAGAUUGUGGACUAUGACACUAUCGUAAUUGACAUCCAAGAACCAUAUAACAAUAUGAAUAUAACCGGGCUAUAUUGUACAAAUACGGAUGACCCAGAUUUGAAUGUACUUGUUUCUUCAUUUUAUGUAAUUGAUGUACUGUUAGCGUCAACAACUUGGUUCACAAUAAUAGUUUCUUAUUCAUAUGCGAUUCGUACCUUAAUUGCCCAUAAACAAAAGAAGAAAAAAGAAUCAAGGAAGUUUGAAUUACAGACGACAUCUCGCGGCAUGCCUUUCACUGGAUCAGAAAGAAAUUGCACGUACGAACGGAACGUCGUCCUUGGAUGCUCUAAUCAGAUCUACGGCAUGGACUUUUCAAAUGACCAAUUAUCAGUAAAUCCUGGUGGCAAUAAUGACGCAAAUAACAUUUUUCAACACACAGAUUUGAGCGUUGGAAGUGCCCAAGAGACCAGUGAUUGUACAGACAACCAUUCAGUAAGUGAUCAAGAUCCCAGAGUUUUCACUUGUGCAAUAAACAUUGUAAAUAAGGAUCAAAGAGUUUGUAGGAAACCGAUUAUGAAAAAUAUCAGCGCCUUAGAGCAGAGCCUAACAUUUAUGAUGUUUGCCGCAUCCACUGUUCUCUUGUUGAGUUUUGUACCAUUUUUCAUCGUCAAACUUUACUUGAGACAAUACCCUGAGGAUUUCGCUGAAUAUGAAUUACGCUCAGGAGUUCAGUUUGCGUUAAAAGUACCUCUUGUUAACAGUGUGUUUACUCCCAUCAUUUACUGUAUAUUCAAUUUAAAAUUUCGACAGUUUCUGAAGCCGUGUUUGUGCAGAUUUUGAAAAAUGACUUAGAAAAAAGCACAAAAGUAUUGUACGUUUUAAAAAAUGAUUCAUAUUACUCAAUGACUGACUGCUUGUCUAUCUCUAAUAUCGUCGAGAUGUGAUCCCGACAUUUUGGUCCCGCCAACCGACACGAAGACUAAUAACCAAGACAUGUUUGAAGAAAGUUUUGGGAAAGUAACUAGUCAGCCUCAUUUUAGAAGUAGAGUGUAUCAUAAAUUACCCCCGCCACCGCUUACCUAGGUCUCAUCAGAUCCAUUACAUGAAGAUGCAUUUAUAUAACUUUCAUCGUCUGUAUGGCCGAAGAGCUACUUCUCUUCUUAUUCCAGGUGACAUGCCUUAUUCGGUUCCUGGUGAUCUCACUCAAAAAUAAGCCAAACUUCAAGUUAACAACGUUUUAACAUUUUUAAACCAGAAAGAAUACCACACCAAAGCAAUGGAAGACUAUACACUCUCAAACUAGCUGUUGUACGUUUUUAAAAUGAUAGUACCAGCAGAAAGAAAUGUCCCAUUGCCUUUUACUAGCGGCGAUGGUUGAAUUGAGAGCAUAUCGAUUUCGGACCAUCAAUGGCGUGACAUUCAGACCAAUUGUAUUCUGGAAGACAUAUUCAUUAACUUUUAUUGAUAAUGCCGGUGCUAUCAAAUAUAAUUCAAUACAUUGAAAUGUGAGCAUAAGAGU